CCUUGUCUGCUUCUACAAACAAGCAUUUCUAUCAACAAAACGUGUCUCACUUGCAGGCUGAUCUUGAGGGUGUGCAUAUACGCCAGACUGAAUAGUGAAGUCCUGCUUGGGUUUCUUUUACGCUACUUCCUAACGGUGUAUGUGUGAUAUGUGAGUCAAGCUUCAUCAGCACCUGAGGUUUGCAACACUCUGCUGGAGGGGCCACCAACAGCUCAGGUGUGUCACAUCUGUUUGUCAAUUGCCUUGCACCAUGAAACUCACUGUAGUUCUGCUGCUCUGUGGCUGCUGUGUGCUAUUUCAACACAACUGUGAAGCCCAAGUUUUAUUUUCCUCAGUAGAGACAUCUCCAACACCCUCAACCAGUAACUGCACAUGUGAACUCGGCCAUGGAAAGUGUGCUGAAAACGGUGACUGCAGGUGUGAUCCAGGAUGGGGUGGACCGCGGUGUGAAGACUGUGUGCGAAUGCCCGGAUGUGUCCAUGGCACCUGCCAUCAGCCCUGGCAGUGCACCUGCAUGAACGGGUGGGCGGGCCGAUUCUGUGAUAAAGAUAUUUACGUGUGCUCCAGAGAGCAGCCAUGUCAGAAUGGGGCUACUUGCGUCUUGAAUGAUUCUGGGGAUUACAGCUGCUUAUGUCCUGAAGGCUUUCAUGGGCGGGACUGUGAACUAAAGACCGGGCCUUGCCAAAAGACUAAGUCCCCCUGCAAGAACGGCGGCCUGUGUGAGGAUCUGGGUGGUUACGCUCCAGAACUAUCUUGUCGAUGUCUGGCUGGCUUCACGGGGCCUCGCUGCGAGACCAACAUGGAUGACUGCCUGAUGCGCCCCUGCGCCAACGGCGCCACCUGUUUGGAUGGCGUGAACCGUUUUUCCUGCCUGUGCCCUGCGGGUUUCACCGGCCGUUUCUGCACCGUCAACCUGGACGACUGCGCCAGCCAGCCCUGCCUCAACGGAGGACGCUGUAUAGACCGAGUCUCCACCUUCCAGUGCUUCUGCUCUCCAGGUUUCACUGGAAGAACUUGUGAGAUUCCCGUCUCGGAGUCAGGACCUCGAGCGGUGUCUCCGUUCAGGAGCGAAGGAGACAGAGUUACUCAGAGCAAACCUGCUCCAGUCAAUCGUUCCCACGGGACCACUCCUAGCGGGGACGAGAGACGCUCGUUCAAAAUCUCAGUGGUGACUCAGCAUGGGGCGGAAGGGCUGUCAGAGCUGCAGCUCAUCAUCCUGCUGGUGUUGGGCGGCAUGACUUUGGCCGUGGUGGCGCUAACAGCUGGUCUGGUGCUGCGCGGACAUUGCCAGGACCGAUCUGCUCGCUGUCAGUGCAGACCAGCCCCCGCUCACCAUCGGCCAUUCCACCGAUGUCGGACAAACUCUGUGCCCGCGCAACAGGAAUGCAAGAUCAGUUUCCUCCAGACUCCGGCUCCAGCUGAGCUUGAGAAGAAGAGGCUGAACACCGACAUCAUUUAGCCACGGAGAUCAUGCAGCAGCUCUCGUUGAAGUAAAAGGCCACUUCUGACCUCUCUAAAGAUAAAGACGGUACUGAUGAAUCUGAGAGUUGGUCGCUGAAAGCAGGUGGUUGUUGUCCAGAGCGAUUACACAGAAAUAAAGAACCAAUUCGUAUUUUUUUAUUUUAUUAAAGAUGCCACAAGUGAGGCAUGUACUGCUGAGGGAACAUUAGGUCAGUUAGAGUCAACAUGAAAUCAAUAAUGCUCUUACGGGAUCUUGGAACAUUAUUCCAGAAGAUAAGAAAUGCUUGUCUGUGUAAUAUUUCAUCAGAAAUGUUCUUGCUCUGCCUCUGAAGAACGUUUUGCUCUCAGCAAGCAAUAUUUUUUGAUAGAAACCCUGAACUACAGAGUGUCUUAGUGCCUUCCUCAGUCUGUUUCCUCCUCCCAUUUUUUUUUUUUUAACCUUAAAAUAUUUUUUGUUCUUUAAGUAAUGGUUCACCCAAAAAUGAAAAUUACUCACCCUCAAGCCAUCCUAAGUGUACAGUUGAGGUCAAACGUUUACAUACACCUUGCAGAAUCUGCAGAAUGUUAAUUAUUUUACCAAAAUAAGAGAGAUAAAACAAAAAUGCAUGUUGUUUUUUAUUUAGUACUGACCCGUAAAACAUAUUUCACAAAUAAGAUGUUUACAUGUAGUGUUGUUACCUGAAUGAUCCACAGCUGUGUUUUAUUUGUUUAGUGAUAGUUGUUCAUGAAUCCCGUUUGUCCUGAACAGUUAAACUGCCUGCUGUUCUUCAGAAAAAUCCUUCAGAUCCAACAAAUUCUUUGGUUUUUCAGUCUUUUUGUGUAUUUGAACCCUUUCAUGCAAUGACUGCAUGAUCUUUUCACACUGAGGACAACUGAGGGACUCAUAUGCAACUAUUACAGAAGGUUCAAACACUCACUGAUGCUCCAGAAGGAAAAACAAUGCAUUAAGAGAUGGGGCGUGUAAACUUUUGAACAGAAUGAAGAUGUGUGCAUUUUUCUUAUUUUGCCUAAACAUCAUAUGUUUUUCCAUUUAGUACUGCUCUUCAGAAGCUACAGAAGAUACCUAUGUUUCCCAGAAAACAAAAUAAGUUGAAUUUACCCUGAUCUUCAAAUUCAAAAAGUUUUCACCCCCUAGCUCUUAAUGCACUGUGUUUCCUUCUGAAGCAUAUAAAGCAGGGGUGCUCAACCCUGGUCCUGGAGAUCAGCUUUCAUGCAGAGUUCAGCUCCAACCCUGACCAAACACACCUGAACCAGUUAAUUAGGAUCUCAAGGAGCACUUGAUAAUUACAGACAGGUGUGUUUGAUUAGGGUUAGAACUAAACUCUGCAGGAAGGUCGAUCUCCAGGUACAGGGUCGGGCACCCCUGAUAUAAAGCAUAUAAAUAAAAAAAUAACAUGCAUUUUGUAUGAUUCUUCUUAAUUUUGUAAAAUAAUUAACGUUUUGCAGAUUCUGCAAGGUUUAUGUAAACAUUUGACCUCAACUGUAUAUGACUUUCUUCUUUCAGGUUCUUCUUUCUUCUUUUCAUAUUGUCAUAUUAAAAAAUGUCCUGGGUCUUCCAAGCUUUAUAAUGGCAGUGAAUGGGUGUUGAGAUUUUGAAGUCUUAUAAAGAAACUUUAUAAACUGUAUUCUUUACAGAUGAUGUAGGACAUAGGCAUAGCGCAAACUGGAAGCGCAGGGGAGUUUUAAAUACAGAUUUUUUUUUUUUUUUUCAAAAAUGCAUCAGUUUGCUUUAGAAGGCCUUUAUUGAAUGCCAGCAGCUGUGUGGAGCACUUUUUAUUUAUGCACUUUAUUGGACUUCAAAAUCUCAACAAACCAUUCACUGCCAUUAUAAAGCUUGGAAGAUAUUUUUUUUACAUAACUCUGAUUAUAUUAGUCUGAUAGAAGAAAGUCAUAUAUACCUAGGAUGGUUUGAGGAUGAGUAAAUCAUGGGCUAAUUUUCAUUUGUGGGUGAACAGUCUCUUUAAUUUUUUUUUUU